AUGGCAUACCCGGGGCACACUGGCGCUGACGGAGGGUACUACCCGGGCGGGUAUAGAGAAGCUCCCGGAGGGCCUGAGUUUCCUGGACAAACUCAGUAUCCGCUGUAUGGUUGCUUUGCUGCUGUAGCUGGACAGGAUGGGCAGAUAGAUGCUGAUGAAUUGCAGAGAUGUCUGGCACAGUUGGGCAUUGCUGGAGGAUACAAACCUUUUAACCUGGAGACUUGUCGGCUUAUGGUUUCCUUGUUGGAUAGAGACAUGUCAGGAACAGUGGGUUUCAAUGAAUUUAAAGAACUCUGGGCUGGACUGAAUGGCUGGAGACAACACUUCAUCAGUUUUGACAGUGAUGGAAGUAGAACAGUGGACCCUCAAGAAUUGCAGAAGGCCCUGACCACAAUGGGAUUUAGAUUGAGUCCCCAGACUGUGAAUUCAAUUGCUAAACUGUACAGCACCAAUGGAAAGAUCACCUUUGAUGACUACAUCACCUGCUGCAUCAAACUGAGGGCCCUCACAGACAGCUUUCGAAGACGGAAUACUGCUGAGCAAGGUGUUGUGAGUUUCCCAUAUGACUAUUUCAUUCAGUGUGUCAUGAGUGUUUAA